GUGGAGCGGUCCAAGUGCGCGCGGUAGCCUUAUGGUCUCGGUUCGCAUGGUUAAAAAAACGUUUUGAAAUGGCGGUGUAUGUGCUUUUACCGACGUCUCUGUAAAUAUCCAGCUGUCUAAAAACAUGUAAAAUUGUAACAUGUGUAAUUCUCUCUGAAUAAGAGCGUCUGCUGUGCAGAUACAAUUCAACUACUUUGGUGGGUAGGGAUUUGCCGCGAUGGUAAGGAGCAGGGUUCGUAACCUGGAGGUGUCCGGUUCAACAGUAUAAAUGGAUAAAAUGUACAAAUUGUACGCUAUGCAGUUAGCUGUAGAUAGGAUCAUCUGUAUAGAAAACGUAAUAUUUGUUACUUCCCGCUUCAGGUAUUUCCACCUGGAGCAAAGGUGUUAAACUCCCAGAAUCAAGUCUUUUCUGGUUUGUACCUAUGUAUGGGAAUUUUAUACUAUUGAAAUAAAUCUGUAAGAAAUCCUAUCCACGAACGUUAUGAAUUUACUUGGAAACGAUUUCAGAAACCAGUAAAACCAAACACACGUGUCUCAUUUUUUUCCCACAUCCCUUAAAAGAAUGUUCUGUUUAACUGUUUUGUGAUUUUUUUCCCCCCUGUUGAGACAUUUUAUGUAUGGGAUUUCUCUUUUCUUCCUUUCUGUUGACGCAACGACAUUUUUAGGACCUGGGAUCAUACACACAUACACACAAACACAGACAAAAAAAAUAAGCACUAAUUUGAUAUAGCCAAGUGCAAGCACCGCCAAGCACUAAGCUCGAGCCAAAUAUAGUGGCAGCAUGUCUCGCAGAAGAAGCCGAAGCGGGAGUCCCUCUCACCACACCACCAACAGCAAUGACCCCCGCGACCUGGAGAGGAGGAUUUUUGUGGGCAAUUUACCGACAACCCUCAUGGACAGGAAGGACAUGGAGGAUCUGUUCAGUUCAUAUGGGAAGAUACAUGCCCUGUCCAUGUUCCGCGGGUAUGGAUUUGUGCAGUUUGAGCGAGCUGAGGAGGCGGAGGCUGCAAAGGCGGGACAAAAUGGCCGCUUUUAUAGAGGUUAUAAACUAGAUGUAAAUAUGGCAGCGGAGCGGCGACAGAAUAAGGCUCAGUCCAGGCAGAGCCCCCCACGAAGGAACCCGUACGGCGGAUAUGGGGACGGCAGAGAGCCCCGCACCCGCUCUCGCUCGCCCAUGCACGCCAGGGACUCCCGCGACCACAGGGACACCCGCGACAUGCGGGAGCCGGGCCGCGAGCCCAGGCCCGGCCACCCGCGCGACCAUGACCCGCGAGACCCCAACUUCGACAGGUACCGAGAGGGAAGAGACAAGGACCCGAGGGGAGACCCCCGCGACCAGGGCUUCAGAGAUGAGGGUUAUGAUCGGUAUUACCGCAUGGAUGACUAUUACCGAAAGAAAGAGGAUCCGUACAUGGAUCGUUACAGGGAUCCCUGGAACGGCAGAAGGGAACCUGAAGAUGACCGCCCGAGGGUGGAGGAGCGCCGGCGCAACGAGCUGUACAGACAGUACUACGAGGAGCUCCAGAGACGCUACGACUCGGAGCGCCCGGUCGACUGCUCCGUCAUAGUGGUGAACAAGCAGCAAAAGGAGUACGCGGAGACGGUGGGCAGGAAGGUGCGUGACCUGGGCAUGGUGGUGGACCUGAUCUUCCUCAACACGGAGGUGUCGCUGACACAGGCGCUGGAGGACGUGGGCCGCGCGCGCACCCCCUUCGCCAUCAUCAUUACCCAGCAGCACCAGGUGCACCGCUCCUGCACCGUCAACAUCCUGUUCGGGACGCCCCAGGAGCACCGCAACAUGCCCAUGCAGGAUGCCAUGGUGCUGGUGGCCCACAACUACGACCUGUUCAAGGCCGAGCACCGCGACAAGGAGCGCGAGGAGAUCGCCAGGAAGGCCGCCAAGAUGGCGGACGACGUGCUGAUGAGGGAGCACGAGCGGGAGGGCCACCCCAUCUCCCUCCAGCCCGCCAUCACCCUGCUGGCCGAGGGCAGGUACCUGACCCUGGAGGAGCUGGACGGGCUCAUUGACUACCUGAGGGACAAACGGGAGAGAAUGAUCAGGGCCAGUGGCGAUCCCCAUGCAGGAUCUCACCCUCCUCCUUCUGCAGCGGGUCUCGAGGCCCCGCCCCCAGCCCAGACCCUGCCCACUGCGUCCCUCGCCACCCACGCCGCCCAUCCCACUCAGGCCACCCACCUGCCCCCUCCACCAGCGUCCAACCCUGUGCCGCCCUCCAACCACCAGCAGGAGCUCCAGGCCAAGAUCCUCAGCCUGUUCAACAGCGGGGCGGGGGCUCCUCCCACCAGCUCUGGCGUGCCCCCCCCAGCCCAGGGCGGCUACAGCUCCCCCAUGGGCAGCCAGACGGCGGGCAUGCCCCCCGCCCCCGCCCUCGCCCCUUCUGCCAUCCCCAAAAUGCCCCCGGCCUCCGCCCAGGGUCCCGGCAUGAUGAGCGCGCGGCCGGCCCUGCGCCCCCCGUCCAUGGUACCCCCACAAGGACCGCAGCGGCCGGCAGCCACCGGGACCGGCAUCAACUUCGACAACCCCAGUGUCCAGAAAGCUCUAGACACCCUCAUUCAGAGCGGACCCUCCAUCAAUCACCUGGUGAACCCCGGGAGCUCUCCCGCCCCCCGGCCGGGGCAGGGGAUGGGCCAGCCGCCCCCCAUGGCACACUACCCCCGCCACUACUGAUCACCCACUCCCACUGAAGGUCUUCAAACCCUUUUUAAAUGUAUGUUCCACCCCUCCUCCCUUGAAAUGCACACGUAAGCCGAACUAUUUUUUGGCUGUAUUUGUAAAUGCUUUUUAAAGACAUUGCGUGGUUUUUUUCCCCAGCAUGUUGAGUGCAGAUCCUUUGUGUUGUUAACGUUUGAAAACAUUUGUUGAAACCAGAGGCAGUUGUUUUUGCUUGUUAGUUAAUGUGGUUGAAGAAACGCCUGCACAGCAUGUGAGAAGAAAGCAGUGACUGAUGUACCAGUUUCUCUGAGGCCGCCACCGGCUGAGCCGUGAUCUGACCAGAUCUGGUCUGACUGUUAGGAUUAAGCUUUGGUAGCAAUGUAAAAUUGUUUUAUACUGUCAUCCGGACAAUUGUAAAUACUAGCAGAGUUCAAUGUCACUGAAAUAAACCUCUUUCCAGUUCCGUGUUUUGUCCUUUUGGUAUAAGCUAAAUAUUAUCACAGGAAUUCAAUUUGUGUGCUUAAUAUUACAUUUUGGUAAAACUUUCCUAUCAGAUCAUUUUGGAAAAUGCAUCAAUAUCAAAUAAAGAUCAGGACUUGUAUAAAAGUCAGUGGUCUGAAACUGACUAAGUUAUGUAGGCCAUUUUGCAUAGAGCCGUUGUUUGAUACCAAAACAUCUACAGAGUUCUGUAGUUUUUUCCAUUUUGUGUGACUCGUGCCUCUGUGGGUUUCAGUCUUUUAUUUGGACCGUUGAGCAUGCAAAAUAUUGAUUGCACCAGAUUGUAAAUAUUGCAUCAAGUUGAAUAUAUGAUUGUUGCAGAAAAACACAUGGAAGUCUGCAAAGAAAUAGGAUUGUGGAACAACUUUUUUUUUUUUCAUAACUUGGAAUGGUUGGCAUGUAUGGUCAGAUCUAGGAUGUGGAUUUUUACGACCCCCUCGGAUUUCACAGCAGACUCAUAGAUAGGGCAUUUAUGGACUUAAGAAUGCCUACAAAUUUAACAGCUACAAAACUGUGUCCUAACUCUUAAGUAACCUACUGGAUAACCACUGAGGGAGAUGCCCGUAAAUCACAUUUCACACAAGUUCCCAGCCACAGAGCCACAGCAGAAAAGAUGGCUGCAUGUCAUUGAAAGAGUCAGAACAUUCCCCAGGACAAAAUACCUUGUUUUUUAUUGAACUUUUUGUUUUAAAUUUUUUUUAUAGAAAAUACCUUGUAGUUUAAACCUGUUUUGCAGAACAACCUAAAUGUUGCCCUUUUGAAAGGGUAGUAGAGGAGAUGCACGCAUUUGAUUUUAUAGGACAGGAUAUCGAUGUACCAGGAAAUUGGGUCACCAGAUACCCUAGCUACGUUUUUGUGUCUGCAGACUGUCCGGAGAGAAUACGUAGUUCGAGUUAAACUGCAAAAUUGUCUUGAAUAAAGGACUGCAAUUUGUUGAAACCUAAUUUGACCAACAGUGUUUUAAUAUGACAUUAUGUUUAUACAGUUCUCUAACUGCUACGUUUUGUGUAUGCGUGCUGGGACAUAAAGCAUUCUGAAUAGGAAGGAGUAGGUUACCAGUAGUGUAGUUCAACUGAAAGAAAACACUCACAAGCACAGCUGUAAUAAAAUGAUUUUAGUUUAUUGCAUUUUGUGCUGACAAAUCUAUAAAAUGGUACGGGAACGCCAGAAGCCAUAGAUAUAUAAGCAUUUGAAAUGUAAGAUAAAACUACAGCUUUUUUUUUCUUUGUAAUAUAUCAUCGAACACAAUAGAGAAUACAUAUUUCUAUAUCUCGAAAAUAUUCAACUUACACUGACACAAAAAAUAAACAGCUAAGCACUAACUUUUAUUGUAUUUGAUUUAUUUACAGAUGUCCCCUUGGCCCUGUCCCCUCGAGCAUUAACAGGUGCACACAUACAUACACGCGCA